ACGUGAGCAGGUGGUCAGCAUCGACUCCAUGGUGGUUUAUCCUUUGUAUGAGCGCAAACAACGGGACGAUUUGGCUGUCAUUAAGCUGGGGAGAAUUAUAUGGUUCAGGGGACAUCACCUGGUGAGUGUCAGCAUUGGCUCGGACGAACUGGAUGUGGGCAAAGAUUGCUUGGCCAUUGGGUGGACCCCAAAAGAUAGCCGACGCAAAAUGAAAGCCAAUCCCUUGCUUGUGGUUAAUGUGGAAACCAGACCCUUUGAAGAGUGCCUUAAACCCACAGAAAUUCAAAGGAAUGCCCAGGCGGCGAGUGAAUAUCUAAUGUGCUUGAGAAACACUGACUCCAACAUUUGCAUGUCCGACAUUGGUAGCCCCAUCUUCUGCAAUGGUCAUCUCUAUGGCCUGGCUUUGGGCAGCAUCAAUUGCUCGGUUCAAGCUCCUGUAUUCUUCAGCUAUGUGCCGUAUUAUAAUUCAUGGCUGGAGCGUCUAAUAUCCUAGGGAGUGCUGCAACACGAUGUGCAGUUCCAAUGG